AUGAAUGAUGAUGAAAAAAACAUAUUGAUGAAACAGAAACUGAAGGAGGAAAGGAGUAAGAUACGAGAACCUCUUCUUCCACCCCAAACAAAGAACCCACCUGGCGACAUUGAACUGGCCUCCACGAAAAUCCAGGCCUGGUGGCGGGGCACGCUGGUGCGACGCACACUACUGCACGCGGCCCUCAGAGCUCUGAUCAUUCAGUGCUGGUGGAGGCAGGUGCUGGCAAGCCUGCAGGCGAAGAGGCGGCGCGCGGCGCUGGAGCUCUGCGCACGGCAGCUAUGGGCAGCAGUCAGGCUGCAGUCCUGGGUCCGCAUGUGGCGUGUCCGCCAUCGUUACUGUCGUUUGCUCAAUGCUGUCCGCAUCAUCCAGGUCUACUGGCGCUGGAGAAGUUGCCAUACCCGUGGCUUUUUCCAUGGCAGCUAUGAGCUCACAACAAGCCAGCUGAGCCUUGAGCUUGACAUCUUCCUGGGAUCACAGAUUUGCCGAAUUACAGACUGCAUCCCCUUCCCAAUAAAGAACUGA